CAUCUAUUUACAGUGUCUGCCCGGAAAUCGGCGAAAAACCAACAUGGAACCAUGUGAAUUGUAAAACAGGAGCGACUUGCAUUUUUUUUUUUUUUUAAAGGGAACCCGAUAGAAAUGUGUUGGUGUCUAUUCGAUGUGCACCAAUUGUUCAGAUCGAUCCCAAAAUGUCGAAAUCUGCCCUACUAACCAUCCAUCAAGCAUUGAGGAGAAGCUUCCAUAGUCUGGAAAACAACCAAAAAUUGUGGAAGAGCGUCUUAGCAGAGUGCAUCCCUCUGAUGGCAUCUCUAGAGAACUUGGCAGAGCAGUCGCGGGCGCUUUCCAACGUCCAGAUCUCCAACACGCCGCUCAAAGACUUUCCAGAAGUGGAGGAACUGCUGCGUUUCAAGCUCUCGCAAGCUAUGGAUACGGUCUUGUGCAAACUCCAUGAAAAUAUGGCUUCACUCCAGUCACUGAGAGACUCUCUGACAAACCAGGUCUCGACAGUCGUCCAGUUGUAUGAACAAAACACAGACACUCUGGAUUUGGUCACAGUAACCGAGCGUUCAGCCACCAUCCCAUCAGUCGUCGACAUGCUGGAGUGGCUGCAGGACGCAGAGCGUCACUAUCGACAACAAUUCGUGAGGAGGAAGACUCUGCUGCACGCACUCAGUUCAGGCAACCUCAACUUUUUGGCAACGGCUACCAAAAAAUGGAAAGAAUUGGACACUCCCGGCGCAGAGGAUCAAAUCACAGAUACACUUUGCAAAGUGUCCUUCUUCGUGGAGUCGAGCUAAGCGGAGGGGAAACGGACACGGGCGCAACGCUCGCGCUCUCCGACGGCAUCGUAACGGCAUGAGUGCGAGUUUCAGAAGAACCCAUACAGAAUUGGGAGAUUUAUUCACCAGAUCGAUGACAAGAGAUAACAAUAGGGUCUUGUUUUGGAACGAUGAGAACAGCUUCAUUGUGUUUCCUUUAUUGACAAAAUGUCUCCCAAUGAAAUACUGUAUAUUUAAUCAUACGGCACACAAAAGGACAGGGACACACCCACAUAGAGGCUGUAAAUGACAGGAAAUAACUAGUUAGCGAAACAUAACACAUUAAACAAUCAUCAGAAACCUGA